AUCCCACUCCAACUUCUAAUUCUAAUUCUACCGGGCAAUCCUCCGAGCAGGCUCCGAAAUAAGCGAUCAUCUGCUCGUUAUGGUACUACGGGCCGCUUCUAACUACGCCCGAUAUUUCGGGGCCAACAGGAGCGGGCCCCAGACCAACCUGAACUUACAGAGGAGGAAUUUUGGGAGAGACCCAGGCAGAAAGAAGUUUCAGGAAACUGCGUAAGUUGGCGGAGUUGGCGGAGGAUGUUGGGAGGCUGGAGGGAGCUCCACACUCGCUUACACCGCGCUUCCGUCGCCGUUUUCGUUUUGGUAGGAUGUUCGGGAAGUGGCGGGCAAGAUGGCGACGGCCCGGGAGGCUUGUUUGGGACGGCGCAGUGUGGGCGAGGAGUUGGAGCAGACCGGGAUGCAGGUGCACCUAAUGCAAGCAACCCUGCUGCAUGCUAUGUAUGUACGUACUGCGUAAUAUGGGAUGUGGGAUGGAUAUGCAGCGAACUUUUGUGGGUGCGAGACGGACAAAUCGGACGCCGCGAAUUCGGUAUCAUCAUUAUCAAUCCCAUCCACCUCAUCCUCUCACCGCAUGAGUCAACGGCGGGGCAGACGGCGGGGGUACAAAAACCUCCCGAUCGACCGAGUCCCGUGCACAUUAAAGACUGGUCCCGGCGUAUGACUCCCACGAACCCGUUUGCCAUGCUGACGGUGGGAGCCGAAGGUGCGUGUGGCUUGCCGCUUUGCUGCUUUGCCGCGCUCGCAUGCACGACACGGGUGGUAGGUAUUCGUAAAUACAAGAAUAGGUGCGGAUCACUCUGGGGAGCUUGCAUCUUCACCGUCUUCACCUCUCCCCUCAUUGCUAGCUCCGACCUGGGUAGUCUCAUGGUUUUUUUUCUGCACUGCACCACCGCCCCUGAUCACCCCUAUUAGUGCUGUCAUUGUUAGAUUCUCCUAACUCCCCGUUUCCAACCUUGUUCUCUUCACUCCCUCCGAGUUGCCCAGUUCUUGGCCCACAGAGCAGAA